AUGGAGGUAAAGAAAGAAGAGAGCUCAACAAAGAAAGAUUGGAUGGUGAGUCCAAGGCUAUCUUUCUCUCAUGAUAUACCUCAAACCCAACUCUUACAAUCCUUAUCUUCUUCUUCUUCUCAUGAAUCUAAUGAUUCUCCUCCGGUGAUCACCGAUUUUGAUUUUGAUUUCACUACAAGUUUAGAAAUAUCCACUCAAGAACCUUGCUCAGCCGACGAGCUUUUCUCCGACGGAAAAAUCCUCCCUCUCCCUCUCAAACAAAAACCACAAUCUGUCAUGACAACCAGAACAUCAACAUCGACAAGAACAAAUGUGAAGCAAAACACGACACUGAAAGAAAUAAUUGAUGACGACGACAACAACGAAGAAGAAGAGGAUCAGCAAAAGAAAGAGACGGAACGGAAACCGUUUUGGAUGUUUGGACGCAGCGGAAGUGUAGGUAGCAACCGGACAACAUCAAUAGCAACAACGGCAACAUCAACAACAACAACAACAAAGCAAAAGAACAACAAUAUCUGCCCUUUCCGCCGCAGUAGAUCAGCAGGAUGCAGUACUGUCAAAACAAGAAACAAGAAUUAUACCAAUUACAAUUACAAGAACACAUUUCGGCCAAUGGAAUCAAAUUCAAAGAUAUAUUAUUACUCAGGGAUGAAGAGUUGGUCACAUGGUGAUGGAGUUAGGAUAAAUCCUGUUAUCAAUUUGCCAAGAGGAGGAAGCACUGCUAGUUCCCGCAGUAAUGGUAGCAAUAGUAGUUUCAAUAGUAGCAAUAGAAGUAAUAAUUCAAGUAUAUUUGGAUAUCUCUUAUGUAAAUGUAGCACAAAAAGGAUGGAGAAGGAGAUGGAGAGGAGAGGAGUGACAUGUUCUCCAUGA